CAAGGUCACUUUUCUUUUCGUUCAUGAUCCGUGGCCAAAUUGGAACCAGUUCUUUUUUCGAAUGUUUCUGCGUGCUAUUGAGAGGGCGAUCGAACAGGAAUUGCAUCGCAUCGUGCUGCAUGCUUAUCUUGUUUCCGCGAGAGACGCAUUGUCUAAUCCGACUUCGACAUGUGAUUUUUAAAAUAGAAAUAAAUUAGACUGUACUUUUCGUGCCAUUACCAAACACUGAGGUGUACAAUGUUCAGUGCGAAUGCAACCGGGUGAAUGAUGAAUUAUUUUCGGAACUCGUAUAUGAUGGUGACGGAAUUCCGUAAGGACGCACGUUUCAGAUUAGUUCGGCUUGCACAGUUUAUGCAGUGUUAUCGUAGAUAGAGAAGAAGCGAGUGGUGUAUCUAAUUGAUUGGAGAAGAGUCGAAUUCUAAUCAGUUUGACAACGUAUUCGCACGCUCUCCAUCAAUUGAUGGAGAUAAGAACACAACUUAGUUUUCGAUUACUCACCGGUUUGUUUGCUCAACUGCAGCGGUCGAAAACAAGGUGCUCAAGUGGUAUUUUUGGCUGGUUUUUGCUGCAAUUUUGGAAACCGGUCUGGAAACGUGCUACCAUUAAAUGAGUGUGAAGCAAUUUGUAUCCAGAAUACUUCUAUCGCGAUGUGCCGCAUUCUCUGGAUAGCUCCAGUUGUAACCGAUCACUGAGGGCUGGAUUGGUUCCAGCGUAAAACACGCGAAUCUCCGGGGAAGUCAUAAAAAUAACGGUACAAAAUACUGUGAUUGGUUUUGCGACUCCCGACUAGACAGUCUAAACUUGUCGAGAGUGAGUAAAAACAGAAAUACAUACACAAAUCUGGAAUCGGAAUCAACGGAGCCGAUCGCACAUUUUUGUAUAUAAACAGUCCGCGGAAUUGGCGAAAAUAUGUAUUCGCUGAGUCGUCGCGUUCUUAUCAUGUUAACUGGAAGCGUGUUAAUUUCGCUGUUAGUUGCAGUCACUAUUUACGGGCUGUACGGAGCACCCACCUCUCAACAGGACAACGUCACCGUAGCCGACCGGAUAGACGAGCCAUCGGAUGGUAGAGAAGCACCGUUUUUCGGCCAUGACGAAUCUGCUGAGCGCGAGUAUGAACUGAAGCAAGUGCACGUGGUAUUCCGUCAUGGCCAACGAACUCCUGCCGACACGUAUGUUAACGACCCGCUUGUUAAUCAAACUUUCGCCCCAUAUGGAUGGGGUCAACUUACCAAUUACGGUAAACAAACUCUUUACAACAUGGGCUCCUGGUUGAGGAAGCGCUACGGCAAACUGCUCGGCAAUCUCUAUUCCCCGAAUAAUAUACACGCCCAAAGCACUGGUGUCUCGAGAACACAGAUGUCGAUCGAGUUGGUUCUCGCUUCCCUCUAUCCACCCCAAGGUACAGCACUGCAGUGGGACAGUCACCUCAAUUGGCAACCAAUUCCGUUUAUCAGCGAACCCCUGGAUCAGGAUACGCUGCUUUUAGUGCGAAAAUCCUGUCCACGAUACUACGAAGCAUUCAAUGCCGUCUUACAGAGCAACGAAGUGCAUCAAAUCAUGAAGGAGAAUGAGCAACUUUUUAAGAACUUAACCCGUAUUGUAGGAGAGGAUAUAAAAACGCCGGAUGACGUUCAGUCAUUGUACAGCACUUUAAGAGCUGAGCACGAAUUUGGUUUGUCAUUACCCGAGUGGACUAAAGAAUAUUAUCCAGACAAACUUCUCCCACUGACCAGACUGAGUUACGUCCUCAACGUUUAUAACGACGAGCUGAAAAAACUUAAAGGUGGACCGUUUUUAAAGAAAACCCUUAGCGAAUGGGAUGCAGUGAUAACCGACGAGAGCGGUUCAAAUAACAAGAAAAUGUUCAUCUAUGCCGGGCACGAUUCUACAGUUGUGAAUUUCUUAUCUGUUUUCAACGUGUGGCAUGAGCAGUUCCCGAAUUAUUCGAUCAUGGGUCUUUUCGAGCUACUGAAACACCGACGAACGGGGAAAUUUGUUGUGCGAAUCUAUCAGAAAAAUGUUGGCGAGCAACCAACGGCGCUUCAAAUUCCAGGCUGCAGUGAAUAUUGUCCUGUUAAUCAUCUGAAGACCCUCCUCGCGAACCAUAUCCCUAUCGAUAUGAUCCAGGAUUGCAAAGCGCAUGCGGCCGAUUUCGAGGAACCUCCGCCAAGAGGACCAUGAAUUUAAAUUAUUUCAAAAGUGUGCGUUUGUGUUGUGAGUGUGUGUUGUGUGCGUGAACAUGUGUUUUCUGCGUGAUGAGUUCGUAGAAUAAAAUAACUCUUAAUUUAUGAUCAA